CAGAGUGUAUUUUCAACUAACUUCAUUGCAAAUAACGGAAUCAACAAAAAUAAAAAAAAAAUUGCGACGGUGAUAAAAAGAAAUUUCAAUCAACACAAAAAUUAGUUUCACUCGCUUAAUUGUCAAACUCGUAUCGGAGGAAGUGUGGAAACGAUGUCCUUUUACGGAAUAUUUAUUCCAAGCAACAAUGACAAUGACCGAGAAAAUCACAAUGUGUUCACCGACAAACAGGAAGCAUUUCAGCUGCUGAAAACUCACAAGGAGGCACGGCUGAAAGAGUUCAAGACGAAUGAAGAAGCUGUAAAUUUUUCUAAAAAUGGAAUGGCUGUUUUACCAGUCAACACGACCAUGUCGUCAUCUCCAUCAACCGUUCAUGACAAAUCACCAUUCCGCGGUCCGAAAACACAAGAACUGGUAGCAUUUCGAAAGUCCAUCGAACAGGGCAAAUUGGACGUGGUCCGAGAGACCAUUUGGAACAAUCCACGGUAUCUGAUCGGUAGUGGUGAUACGCCGACAAUUUUAAAGGAGAGCACACGUUACAAUGCCUUGCAUGUGGCUGCACUGGCGAAGAAUGGCAAAAUGUGCGAACUGAUUCUGAAAACAAUCGCCGAUCCGUUGUACAUUGAGCUGGUGCAUAAUAACAAACACAAUGGGCACAUUUGCGAGGAAAUCGCUAAAAUUUUGUUGGAUUUGUAUCUGAAUAUGCCGGAGAAAGGCCGGAACGAGACACCACUUCAUUUGGCUGUGAAAUUUGGUUGUGUCGAAGCGGUCGAAGUGUUGACAUCAUACGCACAAUGUAGUUAUACUGCCAAUUCCGAUGGAAAAUAUCCCAAAGACAUAAUUUGCUUUCGUUGCCAGGAAACCACAAGCAAAGAAGUGAUAAAUCAAAUAGCUGAGCUACUUGAAGAGCGAUUCUAUGUGCCAGUUAUUCGAUCGGUUGAUAAUUCGAUACCUCCGAUCAUCGGCGAACCAUUUUCUCCAACAAAUCCACCGAGCUUUGUGUUGGACCCGCUCAGUCCAGAAAUGCAGAUCCAAGCAUGUGCUGGGCCAAUGUCCAAAGAAAAGGCUGAGACGUUUCGUAAGCGCUGGAAAACGCCACCACGCUUAGGUCGACCAAUAUCACCCAGCCGUUCGCCGAUUGCGAACACACCCGAUCGAAAAAAUCCGUUAGUCUUCCCACGUAAACUUUUUUCCUUCAACGAACCCAGCUCGAACACAACAUCAUCAGUCAACAACAAUUUCGCCGUCCCCGAUUCGGACGACUCACAUAAUAAUAUUCAUUCGAAUGACAACGAUGCGGCACGGACCAUCGAUGGAAAUUCCAAUAAUGUCACAAAUGGCAAUGCCCAUUCGUACAAUUCCGACCUGUACAGCAUGUACCGCAACAAACCGCUAAUUGACUUAAAUCUCUCAAAUGCAUCGAGUGACUGCUCGGAUCGUGCGUUCGAUUCGCCAAUGUACGCCGAACGGCACGUGAAAUUGUCCGAUACCGAGAAAGGACUCGAAAUGAUCGGUCGUGAGAUAGCAAGAGAUCAGAAUAUCAAAUGGCAAGAGUAUUGGAGCUUUCUGGGUGACUUUGUGGACAUUGGCUCGUCGGACGGUUUGAACAAAUUGGAAAAUCAUCUGCGAAAGGCUCGCGAUCGAAAUGCCGCCACCAGAAUGGCAAAUGCGACGCCAUUCAGUACACCGAUAUCGACCCUAUGCAAUCGGCUCAACAAUUUGGAGGUGAAUGUUGUGGAUCGUGAAUGGGAUAAGAGCCGUUCGAAAUCGUUCAUAAAGUCUGUGAAAAAGAUAGACUUACCGUUGCUUCCUCCUACUGUACCUGCCUCGUUCGGCUCUCCGUAUUCGUGUGUGGAGAAAUCGUGCCAAGUUUACUCAAAAAGACUGGCUGUGUCACUCAUAUACAAUUUGGACAGUGUGAUAUCCGUUAGCGAUGUGCUUCAGUCCGAAGUCAAGCGGUUAAAUUCACUUAUCAGCAGUUACAAGGAUGAUACCAGAUUUCAUUAUGUAAAUUUUCAAGCUACACAUUCGAGAUUUGCGGGCUUGAUUGUACAUUACUUGAUGUCGAGUGCGUGUGACUUGGGAAAGUUCAAAACGUCUCUAGCCCAAAUACUGGAAUCGACGAAGAAGGUCAUUUCAGAGCCAAAUUUAUUUCGAAAGGAAUCGCUCUUCAUGAAUGUCCAAAAGAUUUGCGUAAUCAAUCAUUUGUUAAGGGUUCUGGAUAGCGACGAUCUCUUGAACGGUCAUCUCAUUCCGCCGGAGGUAAUGACAACCGAACAGGAUUUCAGUGAAUUGUGGCAGAGUGAAUGUAAAUGUGACUGUGAGUGGAGCAAUGAGAAGGUGUCACGACAGCAACGGCGUGGCAGGCCAAAGUUUGCGGGUCACAACUCCUUCUUACUCGAUGAAAAUGAUUCGCAGUCACCAGAAAAUUCGAAUAAAUUGGAUAAUGGACAUCAGUGGAGAAGUUCACCAGAUGAUUCAGAUGAUGAUGACGAUUUUUUUUCGGACGCUGAAAACAGUGACGAUGAAAAUGACAUAUUCUACACUCCACCCUCCAGUCCCAGCCAAUUAAUUGAAGACUACGAGGAUGAAAGCGACCAAUCGAUUGUGCCGGACAGUUACUCAACGUAUUUACUGGGUGACGAGCCGACGAAAACCGAUAUGCAUGUUCUGAAUGCCUUAAAGACCAUUGAGAUCGAUAAACUAUCUUACCCAUGCAUACUUCAGUGGAAAAGUGCACUUCAACAGCACUCACAGGAGGAAAUCGAAAAUUUUCCUUCGCCUUGUGUUAUAGUCAAGGGACGUCAGACCUCUGAUUUGUCCGUACGAAAGCUCUUCCAAUCGCCGAUGAAAUUUCAACUGUCACCAGUAAAGAAAACGGUUCGUUUCAGCAAUUUUUUCAAAUCGAAAUCGCUCAACUUCUCCAGUGAUUACAGUCCGGAUAGUGACACAUCGCCAUUGGCUAGAAUGAUGGUGUCACCAUUCGAAUGUACAUCACCAUCAUCACCAUCGUCCACAGAUAGUGGAGCAUGGAAGUGAAUAUCGCUGAUUCUUCCGCCGUGAACGUGUGUCUUAUCCAACGUCUUUUUUAUAUGGAUUUGUUCUUUUGAUUUUUAUGGCUCGUUCCAUGUCUGUAUUUUAACUCAUUUUUUUCUUACUUAGUUUUUCUUUUCACAUCAGAUUGCAGUUCUUGCGCUGCCAUAUCGUUUUUAUAAAUUUUUGAUUUUUUCCCCUUUCAGUUGAACAUUAAACAUAUUGCCGGUUCAUUAGUUUGUAGAGAAUGGAGUUGUUGCUUUUUUGCUUUUCAUCCGAAUUACCCAGAAGUAUUACCAUGAUGAACAUUAUAGACUAUCGCAUGAACAUUCAGACUAAUUUAAAUAUUUGAAGUAGUAGAAAAUUCCGAAGAGAAAGUCAGAAUUAAGGAGUUGACUUUUCCAAAAACUUUACAAUACUUUCCCCAAUCCAAAGUGAAUUCAAUUUUAUCAAAUUUAAAUCCGGUCGAUUUUGAUGGUCAAACGACAUGAAUGGUCAAAUAUGUGCCGACUGUAAAAGGACUCUGGUUUCGUGUUAGGAAAGCCCUCAUGAUGAAUUGAAUCGACCUGUAAAAUAUCCUGACUAGCUAAAUUACCAAUAAAUGCAGUGAUUUGAAGUACUAAGCCCUGAUACUCUCACAUUUUAAACGAAUCAAUCAAUGUUGAACAGAAAUUGGUGAGAUUUGUCCAUUUAUCAGCGAAUUGUUGAAUAUUUAGCGGCAAUUGCAUGCAUUACAUUACCAUGAACUGUGGCUUUUCCUACGUUUGUUUUUAAAGAAUUCACUUUAGAUUUUUGCUCUCAGAACAUGUGCCAUUCCUAGUGGAACUUGUCGAAUCGCUGAUUUAAUUAAAUUAAAUUCUUACCAGCGUUCAGACAACAACCGAUCGUU